UCGAUGCUGGCGCCCCGUGUGGCUAUCCUUCGCUACAUCCCGUUUGUUGUGCCGUUCAACGACCGCGUGCGACUGUUCCAUGCGCUAGUCAACAAGGACCGCGGGCGACUCGGGCUUGGGAGCCUGGGCAGUGCCAUCCACGCAUCGCCAAUGGGUAUGAUGGCGGUGGCCCGGGCUACUGUCAGGCGCGGGAGCAUCUUCAACGACGGGUUCCGCGCGCUCCGCAGCGACAACUUCAAGCGGCGCAUGCACAUCGAGUUCAUCGACCGGUACGGGAUGCCCGAGGCGGGCAUUGACGGUGGCGGCGUGUUCAAGGAGUUUCUGACGAGCCUCGUCCGCGAGGCAUUUGAUCCCAAGCUCGGACUGUUCAACACAACACCGCAGAACAACAUUUAUCCAAGCCCCAGUGCCCUGGAUGACGCAGAGCAGCGCAUACUGACGCUCGACAAGCUGAGGUUCCUGGGCGCUGUGAUCGGCAAGGCAUUGUACGAGGGUGUGCUGGUGGAUGCGCCGUUCGCGCUGUUCUUCUUGAUCCGCUGGAUGAACCAGCUGCCGGGCUUCAACGACCUGCCGACCCUCGACGAGGACCUGUACCGCGGCCUAGUCAAUCUCAAGAACUACCCAGUCGGCGAUGCCACACAGCAGUCGGACGACGACGACAGCGAUGAGGACGAAAUCUACCAGACGCGCACAGUGCCCCUGGUUCCGCGUGGCGACCGGCUCAAGGUCACCUCGCAAAACCGGCUCCUGUAUGUGGACCUGGUGGCGCAGUACCGGCUGGUCAAGCAGAUCGACGCGCCAGUCAACGCCUUCGUCGCCGGCCUGCACUCUGUGAUUCCGCCCGUGUGGCUCACGCUCCUGUUUGCGUCGCCGCUGGAGCUCUCGCACCUGCUGUGCGGCAACGCCAAUGCCAUCGACAUCGACGACUGGAAGCGCAACACCGUGUACGAGGGCGCCUACAAGGCGGCUGCCACGAAGCACCCGACUAUUGUCAACUUCUGGAGCGUCGUCGAGCACGACCUGACUGAGCGCCAGCGCAGCGAGCUGUGCAGGUUUGCGACCAGCUGCGAGCGCCCGCCGCUGCUGGGCUUUGGAGAGCUCACGCCCAGGUUCUGCAUUCGCAGCAGCGAUGACGGCGGCGAAAACACCGGCCUGAUUCUCCGGCCGUCGGAGGAGCAGAAUGCGCGGCUGCCCAGUGCAUCGACCUGCGUCAACCUGCUGAAGCUCCCGAUCUACAGCUCCCGCGGCGUCCUGCGCGAGAAGCUCGUCACGGCUAUUGAGUCUGGGGCUGGAUUCGACCUGUCGUAGAACUCUUUCAGGAGGUUAUAUUUUACAAGACAUUCUUCACUAGGUUC